AUGGCCGACGCGCCACCUCCUACCCCAUCCAAACUUCUUCGGAUGGUAACGAAACUUCAGCAAGCAAACCAACGUAUGGCGGAAGCCAACCAGCGUAUGACCAAAGAAAAUCAAAGAAUGGCCAACCAAAUUGCCGAGCUAGCCAAUGCUCGGGUUGAGAAUAAUAAUAAUCGCCGUGAACACCUCGAAGAUGAAGAACAUCAGUCCGGUCUGAUACACAUAUCUGAAACCCCUCGGAAUGAUGAAGAUGGGCAACCACGUGAUGAAGGAGCUCAGCAGAAUGAUGAGACUCGGCACAAUAGGAAAACCCAGCCAGAAAAUGAAAAUGCCGAGCCUGAAAACUCUGUUGGACCUUUUACACCCGACGUGAUGAACUUUGAGCUGCCUAGGAGGUUCACUCUGCUGACAACUCUAACCCCUUAUGAUGGGUUGGGAGAUCCAAAGACAUACAUCAAAAAAUUCAGAUCCAUAAUGAUCGUAAACGGUGCUUCUGAUAAAGUUUUAUGCCGUUGCUUUCCUUCUUAUUUAGAUGGUCCUGCACUUGAUUGGUUUUGUUCUUUACCUACAGAUUCAAUUUCUCGUUUUCAAGAAUUAGCAACACUCUUCGAGGAUCAUUUUGCUGGCUCUGCUAUUUAUUUGCAUGACUCUGAUUACUUGAACACCAUCAAACAAGGGCCGAACGAGAGCCUCAAAGACUACAUGACCCGCUUCACAAAGGUGGCCAUGACUAUACCAGAUCUCCAUCCCGAGGUACAUUUACAUGCCAUUAAGAGCGGUCUUCGGCCAGGCAAGUUCCAGGAGUCUAUUACUGUCGCCAAACCAAAAACCCUAGCCGAGUUUUGGGAGAAGGCAAAAGGGCAGAUUGACAUUGAAGAGUUACGGCAAGCUCGGAAAUCAGACAAGAGCCAAUACAAGGAAGAUGACAAGCCUCGGGAAAAUAAGAGAGGUGGAGGCCCCACAAGUUCAGCACGAAAGCGUUCAUACCGAGCUAUGUUCUCGAUUGAAGGUGGUUCUGCCUGGGAUCUAGCACCACCACAUCUUCCGCAGAUGACAUUCUAG